GUGACGUAAAAAUGGCUGAAGGGGAGUGUUCUUAAGUGACUACUUUACCCCAAUGAUUCAAUGGCAUUUUUGAGAAAGCAGUAAUUAAUUUUUCCCUACAGAAAAUGCAUUUUUCAAUUCCUGACACAGAAGAAGUUAAAGAGGGUUCAAAUUCCUUCACUAUUUACAAUAUAUAUAUCAAUGGUGUUUUUCACUGCAAAGCCAGAUACAAACAGCUUAGACAGUUUCAUGAUGAACUACGGAAAGAAUUUGGAUCAUUGGUGUUGCCUGAAUUCCCUAAAAAGAAGCUGCUUGCAUUAUCUCCAGCUGAAAUAGAGCAGCGAAGAGUUAUGUUGGAAAGAUACAUUCAGUUAGUGAGUCAAGAUCCUCAAAUAGGAAACAGUGUUUUGUUUAACUCCUUUCUUUUGACUGCACAGCAGGAAUCCCAAGUUGAGGAAGCUGAGCGUGUAACACUGGAUGCAUUCUUAAUGAAUGGUCACAAAAUUACAAUCAGCCUCAUGUCAACAGAUCAAACUGAGGAUGUGAUGGAGGCUGUAGCUCAACAGAUAGAAAUACCAGAUGACUAUGUUCAUUACUUCAGUCUUUUCUUGGUCAAGAAGGAAGAGGAUGGAGAUAACUCUAUUGUUCGCAGACUUCAGGAAUUUGAAUCACCUUACUUGUCUCUAAAAGCAGCAAAUAAGAAUGCAGUACACAGAAUAGUUUUAAGAAAAGGUUAUUGGGAUACAUCAUAUGAUGAUGAUUUAUUGGAAAACAAGAUCACAAUGAACCUGUUAUAUGUGCAAGCAAAUAGUGAUAUUGAGAGACAGUGGAUACUUGCCACUAAAGAACAGCUCAAUCAUCUGGCUAACUUAAGGAAAAAAGGUUCAAAAAGAGAAUUUCUCCGUAUGGCUCGCACAUUGAAAUACUAUGGUUACAUACAGUUUAAACCUUGUCUGACAGACUACCCACAGCCAAAUACCAGAGUCAUUGUUUCUGCAGGACAGAAAGAACUCAACUUCAGAGUUCAAGUUGAUGGUCAAGUUAAAGAAGGCAGUUUUAAAAUUACCAGGAUGAGAUGUUGGAGAAUUACAACAAUUUAUCCUAACAGUAGCGAUGAAUCACAAGCAUCCAAGUCCCAGCUAGAAUUGUCAUUUGAAUACCUGAUGUCUAGAGACUCACUACAGUGGAUUUCUAUCAUCAGUGAUCAGGCCAUGUUGAUGAGUAUGUGCUUGCAGAAUAUGGUUGAUGAACUCAUCAUGAAAAAGCAAGGGAAAAAAUUCAAGAAGCCACAAGAUCGGCUUAAAUUGAAUAAGAAUGGAGGUCCUUUCAAACCCAUAUCAAGAGAACUUUCAUAUGGAGUGGAUAAGCCAUCUAAAGAACUACACAGCAAAAGACAUGACAUGAUGCCUGAAGACCAAAGUGCUAUUACAAAAGCUGUGGAUUCAAUGAAAAAAAUGGGAAAGAGUGGACAUAAACCUGAAGAGACGAUCACAGAAAAUGAUGCAUUUGAGGGCAUUGGGGAUGAAGAUUUGUGAGCUAUUUGAUUAGGUCGUGCCAAUAUUCUGUUGAGCUGUAUCCUGCAGCAAGUAGUUUCUUAUGUCAUUUAAGAACUGAAAAAAGUUGAAGGUAGAUUGGAUUUUGCUACAUAUUCCAAAGCUAGCUGAAAUUCAGCCUGUACAUAAAAACUAUCAAAUAUUAUUUUGUCAGUUUUAACCAACUCUUCACAGCAUUUGUUAACACAAGAGUUCAUUUUUUAUGUUUUUAUCUCCAAAAAUAUUUUAAAUUGCCCAGAAAUUUUAAAAAUGUAUUUAAAUUCAUCACUAUUCAGCAUUAUGCAAGAUUAAAGUUAGUAUUGAACUUCAUUAAUAGUGACAUUAUUCCUAAUUCUGUUUUCUAAGUUGCCCUGGAAACAACUUCAAUGUUUUGUGGUAUGGAACUGUUUUAUUUAGAGCACUUUUUCAAAUCUAAUCAGCAAUUGUUUGUAGCCACUGGAAGAAUGACUUGGAAAAGUUUUAAAUGUUCACCAUGAUACUUGGAGCAAUAUUUUAGGAUUCUUACAGUAUAAAAAAGUCUUUAAAAUGUUGGAAAAAUCACUAGUUUUAGACUGUUUUUAAAGAAAAGUAAGGAAAAGAUCUAAAAUCCAGUCUGUAAACAUGUCUGUAGUUUUUGUGUUUAAGACAAAACAUGCAAACAAGGUUACAAGAUGACAGCAUUUUAUCAGGAUGGUAAAAGCUGUUGAGAAAAUUUAUUUGCUCUAUAAAUUGAAAUCAAGAUAUUGAUUAGUAAACUGGUGACUGCAAAAUAGUUAUGUGAAAUUUUCAAGGGAGGGUGAAUGUUCCAAUUGGAUUUAUAAUUAGUAUGUGUAAUUGUUUUCUUUUUAAUUAAUUGCUUGUGGAAAAAGUCUAGCAUAGAAUGAUCACAAGGCUAUUGAGGUUUGGUUUGUAACCAAAAAUGGUAAUUAUUAAAACAUUAAUUGCUGUUAGAGGUCUUGAAUUUGUUCAUUUAAGUAAUCAUAACCAAUGCUUAUUACUGGAAAGAGCCACAUUUUUCAUCAUUUGAGCUCCACCUUCCUAACAGCUGUGUUAGCACAAGUCUCUUGAAAUUUUGUUUACCACAUCAACUGUAAAGGGUUUAAUAGUUUAUUUUCUACACGUCUGGUUGAAUUAUUUGAAUGUAAUAGUUCAUUUCUUUUUCAACUGCAUUAACAUUUCACAUAAUUUUAAACUCCUGAUGUAAUUCAUGUAAUCCAUCCUGUUAUAUAUCUGGUCACUACUUUUAACAAUUGUUUCCUGAGCAGUAGGCACACAAAAAAAUUAUUUCAUUCUUAUUUUCUUCAGAAAUAUAAUAUAGAUAGUACUUUAACAAAGUACUGUGAUUUUUAUGAUAUAAAUAUUUUAAAGAAUUCUAUAACAACAAUUUUUUUUAAUGAGGAUUAAAGUAUUUAAAAAAUUAUUAUAGUCAUAUAUUUAAUGAAAUAUUUAUUAAAAAUGUAUAUACACAGAAUGUAGUGUAAUCAACCUUCUUUGUAAUCUUGUAUGUAGCAUGACUAUUUUUCAUUACUCUUAUGCAUUCCUACUGGUUCAUACUGAACUUCUGUUCAUAUUCAUUCAAUGGUUAACAUCUCUCCUAGUGUUUGUAAUAUAUUGUUUAAACCAUCAGCCAGAAAAUUAUGGGGUGGGGGGAAUACACAUAUACACAUUUAAAUACAAACACAUAUGCAAUAACAUAAUUGUUUUUUUUUAUUAAUAGAAUAUUGUAUAAAAAUAAUUUCCAUUAAAAUCAAAUUUAUUUUAUCAAAAUAUAUGUCCAUCUUCUUGUGAAAAAGAGUUACAUGAAACCAACUUCAUAAUCUUUUUGAUGAUCUAGUAACUGCACUUGAACACAGUAACAUCUCAGUGAUUAAAUCAAACAGUGACCAGACAUUUAUCAGUAAAUAUUAAUUAUAAUAAAUUUUCUUAUUUCUUUGUUACAUGUAUAAAUAACAUAAAGAUUUGUUUUACAUUUUAAAAUGACAAUAAACUGUAUUUGUGUGUGUUCUUUUUGGAAACAUUAGAAGAUAUUUUACCUUCUUAAUGAAGUAAUCUUGAUGCUUAAUUAUUUGGCUACAAUGUUUCCAGUUGUUCAAUGUUUACAUUCCUUGAGUACAUGUAGAAAUUAGCACUCAUUAAAGUAAACAAAAAAGAAGUAAAAAUGCAUCAAUAGAAAAAAUAUGAUCACUGCAAAUAUAUAACAAAACAACCAAGUUUUUAUAAGUAUUUAAGAGCAACAAUAUCUAUAGCCACUGUGUAGUAGCAUAUUUACUAAAGUUGCGACUCAAAAGUAAACAAAGUAUUUCCAGAAUAUACUUAUUUCUUUUUUCAUUAAAGCCAGCUUUUCUUCUCUAGUCUCAGUGCUCUACGACCUAAAAUGCCAUUCUUUACUUGUAACAAUGUGAUGUUUCUUGUCCAGAGGACAAUUAUUGAUUUAUUAUGUUCAUACAACAGCAUUUCAAACUUAACUGGUAUUUUUUGUGUAAAAUAUCCUAUCAUGAUAAUGCCCAUGUUAUUAUUUAUUACUUCAGUUAUUAUAAAUUAUACAUUAAAUACUGUGAAUUGUUUUUGUAAAACAUUUGUUUUUUGGAGAAAAAAAAUGUGUACAAAUGAAACUUACCAUCAACAAUAUUUUAGGGCUAGUAUAUUAUACUAAGCAUAACACAACCACCUUUAUUAUAGAAUAUAUUAUAAAACCACUUUAAAAUGUUUGAUUCUGUUUUUUAGAUAAAUGCCUCCAAAUUGCUAACUAAAUCAACUGUUUUUCAUGUCAUAUAAGCUUAAACUCGUAGUGAUUAAAAAUAUUUAAAUAGGCAUUCUAUCUAUGUAUACAUGUAUAAAUGAAAAUUUCUUUUGCUGUCCAAACACAUUUAAUGUUAGGUCUACAUGUAUUUUUUAAACCUCUACAUGCAAGAAGAGGAAAUCCAACAUACAAGGCUUCUGCUUUGCCAGAGUUCACAUCAAGUAAUUUGUACAAAUAUAUUUGGUUACAUUUAUUUUUUAAUCUUUAGGCUAUUUUACUUACUAGAUUUUUUUGAAUAGGCGUAUAGCACAAUUUUUAAGUAUUUUUACUGAAUAUAUUUUCUCUUUCUAUGAACAUUUAAGAGAUUUAAAAGAAUGGUAUUGGCCUUUACAAGAUAUUUUAAGAAUGAUUAUAAACUUAAAAUUUGUUGCUGUGUAACUUUUGUAGAAAUUUAUGACAUGCUACUUUCACAUUCUUAAAAUAUUUAACAUUUGAUAAUUUCAUAAAUUAUAAUUUAAGUGUUUUUUAAAGUGAUUGUAAAAUGCUUUUGUAAAUUUUAUCUAACACAGUAAGUUUAAAAAUACUGUUUAAAAGGCAAGGAAGAAGCUAUAUGUUUAUUAUCAGUUAAAGUUAAAAUUUGUUACAUUAAAUUGUGGAAUGGAUCUACAGAUAAGUUAAAUCAGGGGAAGCUCAAGUACCCUGACCAAUAGGUAACUGGCAUCAAUUUGGGACUUUUCAAAAUCUGUUGCUUUAUCUGGCCAGUAGCUAUAGGGCUUUUGUAUUUCAAACUAAUAUUUACAAUCAUUAUAGCUAUAGUGAUUAAAACAUGUUUCUUUUUCUAGUAUUGAUCUGCAUCUCCAAAGAAGGAUAGCUAUACUAAAUUAUAAAGUAUUGUAUGCUUGUGAUAAAAAAUGUAAGCUUGUAACAAAGAAAUUAUCCAAAAAAUAUCCAGCUAUUUACUCCAAUUGUUAAUUGUAAUAUUUAAUAUAUAAAUAAAAUACUCCUAUAUUUUAUACAAGGUGUGUGUGAGAUGCUAUGAUAAAAUAAAAUAUUGCUAAAAAUAACUUCA